UAAGAUUAAAGUUGUUGAUAAAUAUAAUAGUGAGGACAAAAUAAAGAACAACAACGUGCAGCAUGGCCGAGUUAAAGGCACCCUCGCUACAAUCGCUGCUGGAAUCAGAUCGUGGCUCCACAGACAGUUUGCAGCUGGAUUUUGAGUUCGAAGGACUGGACGAUGUGGAGUUUGCUAUACCACCCACCGAUGUGUUGCCCACCCUCGAAACGGUGCUUAGCGAGUUCGAGGCGGAUUCGGAUGUGGCCUCCGAAUUGGGAGUCCCCGUGCCGCGAGCAACGCCAACGCCCUCUAUCGGUGAGGAUUGUGGCGUGCGCGCCGAUGGACGCGGCGGCAGCGGUUCCGGUUCCAUAAUGCGCUACACUCUCCUCCAUGGCAUUUCCGCCCAGCUCACCUCGGCCGCGGAGCGCGUCAAUGCGGGUGCGGCGAGUGCCUGCGCUGUGGCAGCCUACAUCGCAGUGGGCACCUCCCACGGCCAUAUACUCAACUUCGAUGUGACGCAGACGCUGCGCUGGGCACACCAGGACAAGCAAAGCCAAGGUGCUGUGUCGAGUCUCGCUUUCAAUGCGGACUCGACACGUCUGCUUGCGGGCUAUGCCCGGGGAUUGGUCAUCAUGGUGGACACUCAGACGGGCGAUGUGCUGAGAGAGCUGUUUGAUGUGAUCACACCCAAUACGGGUGUGCUGCACGUGAAGUGGACAUCGCGUUCCUCGCUGGCGUUGUGUGCCGAUGCCGGCGGCUCUGUGUGGUCGCUGAGUUUCACCCGCAAACUGGGGAUCAGGGGCUGUACCUCCCGCUGCCUGUUCUCCGGUGCACGCGGCGAGGUCUGCGCCGUGGAGCCACUGAUUAUGAACUCCCAGGGACGACAUGAACUCGAUCAGUAUUGCAUUUUGGCGCUGGCCACGCUUUCGAAGUAUUUCAUAGUCACGGUGCGCCCGCGUCUGCGUGUCAUCAAGUAUCAUGCGCUCCAGGGACCCGCCGAUUGUCUGCCGCUGCUCGCCUGGCAUCUGGUGCUAAUACAGGCGGCGGACACCACUCGAUCCGUGGAUCCCGUCAUUGUCGUCGGUCGAGGCAAUCAGUUAUUCUUUCACCAGCUCUUCGUGGCCAAUGGACGCAUCACUCUGCUCUAUUUGCGUCAUGUCCAGCUGCAUAGCAGUCUGCUCUCGGCCCACUGGUUGGGCCCCAAGUGUGUUGCCUCGCUGGACACGUCCGAAAUUCUGCAUUUGGUCGAUGUGCGCUCCAGCCGGGAGCUCGAGUGCAUGGAUAUGGCUAAUGCGGGUCUGGUCUAUGGCUCCGCACAGUUCAAGGGAUUGGCCACGGGCGGCAAUGUUUCGCCCGCCUUUGCCUUGGCCGGUACGAAUGCCUGCUACAAUUCCGUAGUCUCGCGAGGCACACAGCUCUAUGUGUUGGGCGCCCGAUCUCUGCACAUCAUCGGCGUACGCACCUGGUCGGAACGCAUUAGCUAUCUGGUAAAGAAUCAUCGCUGGCAGGAGGCCUGCCAGUUGGCUCUGGAUGGUUAUAUUGCAUCCGCAGAACGUCCACGGAAGCGUGCCCAGGCCAAGGAACGCAUCAUAAUGCUGUUCAAGGAGUACAUCGCGAAUUCGGCGCGUGCGCCCGACUAUUGCCUGGGCUCGAUUGUGAACUGCAUGAUAACCAUUGGUGAACUGGAGCUGCUGUGGACACAGCUCUGGGAGCGACUGCACAACAACAAUACGGAGCUCUUUUUGCAGCACAUCUCGGAGCACAUUGAGCAGGAGAGUAUACAGAGUGUUAAUCCGGUCAUAUCACAGGCUCUGGUCGAUUACUGGCUGCAGCAUUCGCCGGCCAAGUUGGAGCAGCUGAUCCUCAAGCUCGACUGGAUGUGUCUCGACUUGAAUCAGGUGCUCAAGGCGGUCAAGCGGCAUCAGCUGUUCCGGGCACAGCUCUACCUGAAUGCCUGCGCCCUGAACGAUUACACAACAGCGCUAACGGAGCUGUUGCCACCACUGCAACCGGAUCAAACCGAUCUGGGCAACUGUCUGCUUGUGUAUGUGUCCAGCUGUUUGGCCGGCCGUCGCUUUCCCAGUGGCGACAUACCCAUUGAGCAGGUGCACCAGGUCAAGCACGAUGUGCUGCGCUGCCUCACCUCACAGCACUCGAGUGCCAGUCCCCAGGACGAGCUGCCCUAUCCAUAUCUGCGCGCUCUACUCAAAUUCGAUACGCGAGAAACCCUAAAUGUCAUCUCCCUCGCAUUCCAGGAGCAGGAGUUCAGCAACGAGUUGGGCUACUCGCAUCGCAAGCGCAUCAUCUAUCUGCUGCUUGAGAUUAUGACGCCAGAGAAUGCAACGUGGGCGGAAAUUGGUUGCCUGUUGAACUUCAUUGCCCAACAGAUAUCGACGCAGUGCCUGCCGCGGGACAAGCAGCUGCUGGAACGUGUGCUCAGCUACCUGGCGCAGGAGAAUAUAGCGAAUGAGAGUGCACGCCAGCACUCGGAGCGGGAGAGUGCCUGGCAUGAGCUGCUGUCGAGCAAUUGCCUUGUCGACAUCAGCAGCGAUGAGGAGCAGUUGGAGCUGGCGCAGCGAGCGCACUGCUACUAUGUGGUGGAGAAUCUACUGGAGAAGCUGCGGCGCUAUGACGAUAUGCUCGAUUGCCUCAUACACAAUGAGGCGCGGCAUGAGACCAUGUUCGCCUAUAUGGAGCGGCAUGUGGGCAUCCGGGAACGCUGCAUUUAUGAGCAGCUGCGUCGUCACCUGGGCAAGUUGCUGCAGAUAAACGGCGAGGAGACGACGCGUCUGAUCGCCCUCCACUAUCCGGACAAGAUUGCCGAGCUGCUAGCGCUGCUCAGUGAACAGAGGCCGCUGCUGUUUCGACUGCUGCAAUGUCUCAAUGCCAGGCGAUGUGAGUUGCAGUCAACGCAAAUGGAACUGCUGCUGGAGCUGUAUUGCAAUCUGAAAGAUGCCGAUACGGUUUUGGAGUUUCUGCACUCGAGCAGCGGCUAUCGCCUGGACAAAGCCAUUGACAUUGUGGAGCGGCAUCAUCUGAAGCGUGCCGUCAUCUAUCUCUACGAGCAGCAGGAGAGCUAUGCGAAAGCCUUCGAGCUGUCCAUGGAGCUACUGCAAUCGUCCCCAGCGGAUGCAGCUGCCAAGGAAGCGAAUCAAAUUGCCCAACUGUUGGCGCGCUCGGCUCAAACGCUGCCGGAGAAGCAGCUGGAACGCUGCUGGUUCACGCUGCUCCAGUAUAUAUUGCCUCAGCAGGAGCUGCAGUCCAUUACCAAAUCCCUGCUGCACGAGGCAUCGCAGCACAUUGAUCUACACAAUCUGGUGCAAUUAAUUAUGAAUACGCACAACGUUUCGAGCAGUUUCGGUGACGUCAAGGAUCUGCUGAUGAGCAUGCUGAUUAGCUCGCGCCAGGAGACGGAGGCGUUGCGCGCUGCUGCCGAUACACUCUGCCAGAAUCUGCACGCAGACUUUGCGGCGCAACGUCAUGUGGCACGCCGCGGCCUUUGGGUGACCAAUAUGCGUUGUCUCAUCUGCCGGCAGCGUCUGUACGAUCAGACGCAGGUGCUCGUCCUGGGUGCCUGUGGACAUGCGUUGCACGAGCGUUGCCUAGUCGAAGUGACACCGCUGCAGCAAUGCCCACGCUGUGCCACAGCGUUGCCCAUGACGGAUGAUGCCGGCGAAGCGCCACAGUUAUCCACAAUACGCUUGCCAUGUCCCAGUCAGCAUUUAUUCAAUAGCUCCAGCACAAUGGAGCUGGGUACGCUGCAGCUUAAGGCACCGCCGCGGCGCUUCUGCUAGGCAAUUUAUUUCAAUAUUUAUAUAUAUAUAUGUGUAUUAUAUUCGAAAUGUAUAGCUAUUCUGUGUAUUUAUUGUGUAAUCACAUCAAUAUUUUUGUUGCUGUGUGAGUAAACAAGUGCUUGUCAAGUA